AUGAGGGGACAACGGGGACAAUGAGGGGACAAUGGGGACAUAGGGACAGGCGGCCCCGCGCUCCCGGACGCCGGGGCCCUCCGCUGCCCCGUGUGCCAGAAGGCCUUCGGGCUGCAGCGGCUCCUGAGCCGCCACCUCAAGUGUCACAGCGAGGUGAAGCGUCACCUGUGUCCCUACUGCGGCAAGGGCUUCAAUGACACCUUCGACCUCAAGCGGCACGUGCGCACGCACACCG